CAGGCAGAAAUUUUUCAGGAAUUUGCUGUUCAGGAGGAAUCAGUGACAUUCCGGAUCAAUUUGUCUGUUCUUCUUGACUGCUUGACCAUUUUUGGUACCAGUUCUUUGCCAGGAACAUCGACGGCCCUUCGGAUGUGUUACCGUGGUUAUGGUUAUCCCUUGAUGCUGUUCUUGGAAGAAGGAGGAGUCGUGACAGUGUGCAAAAUUAACACUCAAGAACCUGAUGAGUUGUUAGACUUUGAUUUCUGCAAUACAAAGGUUGUUAAUAAAGUUAUCCUGCAGUCAGAGGGGUUACGAGAAGCCUUUGCCGAACUGGAUAUGACCAGUGAAGUCCUGCAGAUUACCAUGUCUCCAGAUAAACCCUACUUCAGGUUAUCCACAUUUGGAAAUGCAGGAAGUGCACAUCUGGACUACCCGAAGGACUCUGAUCUGAUGGAAGCAUUCCACUGUAACCAGACCCAGACAAACAGGUACAAGAUUUCUUUGCUUAAACCAUCUACAAAGGCACUGGCUUUAUCUUGUAAAGUGUCCAUUCGAACAGAUGCUCAAGGAUUUCUUUCGCUGCAGUAUAUGAUUAGGAAUGAAGAUGGACAGAUCUGUUUUGUGGAAUACUACUGUUGCCCUGAUGAGGAUAUUGCUGAAGCAGAACCGUAGGUGUAUGUUCUGUCUCCUGUAUUAUAUUUGUGGAUAUA